CGGAGUACUUUGCGCAGCGAAAGAAAACAGAAAGCCGGCAUCCGGCCUAUCCGGCGUCUCGUUGUCGCGUAUUUGCGUGCCCUGCUGUGUUCGGCCGCUGUUGUGCUCCGCAAUCCGCCGCACAUUUUUUUCUGUAAGUACUACGUUCGUUCCAACGCGAUAUCCAUCAUGUCUCUGUUCCCGCUCAUCAACCGCGGCUCCUGGGGCCCGUCCGACUUGGCGCGACGCUUUUUCGACGAAGACGACCUCGCCGGCGGCUCCCCGCUGCUGCUAGACGGUGAGCUGUACGAUCCGCCGUUCUACCACCAGCGUUACUACGUCCAAUCCCGCCGGCACAACAACGGCCACAACCAGCCAUCGACAACGUCUCCGACGCCGAGCAACGGCGUCUGCUCCACGCGUGCUCACGCGGCGGUGGCCUGCUCGCCGGACAAGUUUGCCGUGCGCGUCGACGCUCGGCACUUCGCGCCCGACGAGAUCACCGUGAAGACGCGAGACCACUGCGUCGUCGUGCACGGCAAGCACGAGGAGAAGUCCGACGACCGCGGCUGCUACGUGAAGCGCGAGUUCACCCGCCGCUACGUGCUGCCCGAAGACGUGGAGCCCGAGUCCGUCAAGUGCCACAUGACCCACGGAGGUGUCUUGUCGCUCGAAGCGCCGCGCAAGAAGUUCAAGCGGGACGACGGCAAGCCGAUUCCGAUUAAAGUUGUACACGAAGGCGCCGAUUCACCCGCGCCGGCUGUUGUGGCUACCAACGGAGACGCGGGCGAAGACGCGAGCAAGUAGUAAAGCUGGCAAGGUUCCUUUUGGCGUUGCAUAAGUGGUUGCCAGACUGGAAGGGUGGUUGUUGCCAGACUGCUGCUAAAUUUGGCCGUAAAGCUAUCCCGUUCCUCUGCAUUCUACGGCCUCUGAGAUGCUCAUCGCCCAAAAUGGAGAAGACUCGAGCAAUCUCUUUGAAGAAAAAAAGAAAAGAAAAAGUAAGCGUUCCCGAAAGCUGUUCACGUUCCUGCCGUAACACUGCCAUUUGUUUCGUGCACUGUUGCGCCCCUUCGACAUUCCACGGUGAACUUUGGAACUUUUUUUCCGUAGUGUAUGUUCCGUUUGAACUCAUACUUCUUUCACUCUUCUUUACGGUGUUUGGUGGAGUUACGAGUUACGCGUUUACCUUGAAUCUCGUACGAGCGGGAUUUUUUUUUUUGUGUGUGUGUGUGUGUGUGUGUGAAAAGUGGUUUUGCGUUUUUCUACACUCGAAGAAGCAAGAAUUGUUCGAAUGUAUGUUCCUAGUCUUCUCCUGCCAAACCUUGUGCGCUCAACUGUUGUACCCUAAGUUUUGUCAGUCUCUGGCACAGCGUUCGUUUCUCUCAUUAUAAUUUAUUUACUAUUUUUUCUUACCGUUUCACUAAGCGUGUGUGUGAGACCUUUAGCCGAGCGAAGUCCUUAGACGACAUUUGUGAACCUUCGUAUGUAUCUGUGUAUCUCUCUUUUGCACUGUUAAUAAAUUUGAUGUUUACCCUUCGCA